AUGGUGGCUGCAUCCGAUGCAGCCCUGCCUGAGCUCUCGUCCUACUCCAGCACGGCACUGCUCGACGCGCGCUUCGAGCUCUUUUGGAGCAUCAGCACAAACGACAAGACCAUCCACAUGGCGGCGAGGGCGCAGACGGCGGGCUGGCUCGCUGUAGGAUUUUCAGAGAUUGGAUCCAUGGUCGGCUCAGAUGUGGUGGUGGCGUGGGUGGCGGAGCGCGAGGGGCGCGUGUAUGCAACGGAUCGGUUCGUCUUCAACAAGACGGGGGAAGGCGUCGCAUUGGACGAGCAGCAGGACUGGCGCGUGCUGGGCGGCAGCCAGACCACAGACCAAUCCACGGGCGACACGUGGACCACCGUGCACGUGUGGCGCCAGCUGGACACCGGCGACUGUAACGACCGCCCCAUUGUCGCCGGAGUUCCGUCCUAUGUCAUCUGGGCCAUGGGUGCCACUGAUGACGUCAGCUACCAUGGCUCCACCCGUGGAGCCUCCUCGCUGCUGCUCGCUCCUGCUCCCGGUCCCUCCAUCAUCUCGCCCCCACCAGCCCCCCCCUCCUCUUCCUCCUCCUCAUCCUCCUCCUCCAAGGCGGCCGACCCUGCUGGUGGUGUGAGUGGAGGGCAAGAGGAGCACCGUGUGAUGAACCUUACCUUUGAAGAUUACGCCUUGCCCGCCGAUCCAACCACGUACCGCUGCAAGGUGGUGGAAAUACCGUUGACGAGCAAGACCCAUGUGAUCGAAUGGGGGCCUAUUGUCAACACCACACUCAACUCCACUCUCAUCUCAGCCGUCCAUCACUCCGUCAUCUACGGUUGCAGAGACAUCGACUACCCCGAGCUGCCCCCCACGGGAAAGGUGAUUGACUGUCUGAAAAAAGUGCCCUGCGACACAGUGGUCUCUGUCUUUGCUGUGGGCGGCCGCCCCUUCACCCUCCCUGAGAACGUCGGCUACCCCAUCGGCCCCGGCUACUUCACCAAGUUCCUUCUCCAGGUGCACUACACCAAUCCCGAGGGCCAUGCGGGCAUGCGGGACAACUCGGGCAUGUAUUGGAAGGUGGCAGCCACGCCGCGCCCCAUGGAUGCAUCCAUAAUGAUGCUGGGCCCCGUGCACUACGAGCUGCAGAUCCGCAUCCCCCCCGCCAUGCCCUCCUGGACGCAAACCACCUCCUGCGCUCCCGCGUGCACCGAGAAGGUGUUGGGCAACGAGAGCAUCAAGAUUGUCGCCUCCAUGCUUCACAUGCACGGCCUCGGCCGCCAGUUGUACACGGAGGUGAUCCGAGGGGGCACCAAAGUGGCCACCAUCAGCCGCCUUGACUACUAUGACUUUGCAUCACAGCAGACCAUGCCCACCAUGCCAGAGCACGAGGUGUUCCCCGGCGAUGAGCUUCGCACCACGUGUGUGUGGGACUCCUCCGCUCGCUCCACAGUGACGCGAGGAGGACCCAGCAGUGACGAUGAGAUGUGCAUCAACUACCUGGUGUAUUACCCGGCAAGGAAGGGGAAUGAGAUGGUGAUGUGCUUCGACUACUGCGCAAGCACCACCAACCACGCGUGUGGGGCCGGCGAGACGCGCUACAUCCCCACCAACCAAACCUGCACUGUCGACUUCGGCUCCAACGCUCCUCUCACUGCCCUCCACGGCUGCCCCACACAGUCUCAAGUAUCGCUGUCAGGCCUGGCAGUGGAUGCCAUUUCAUCGCCCCUGAUUCCCACCCAGCCAGCAUCUUCCCCGUUGCAGUCUGCUGCUGUGCCUUCACCACCUGCUGCCAGCACUCCCAGCGUUGCAAGCGGAACCACUGGAAAAUCCGCACGCGCAUCAAUGGCAGCGUUCCCCACUGCGGUGUUGGUUCUUCUCUGCUCGGUUGCUGCGCUUUGGGUGUGA